UCCUUCCUCCUCGUUUCUCUUCUCUCUUCAAAAUGAAAAAAUGCGUGUUUGAUUUUUGCCGCGCCAUGAAAUGGCACGUCGGUUUCUUCUUCGACCGAUUCCCUUUCUCUCUCUAAAAAAGCUCUUUUUCUUGAGAAAUCCUCUUUUUGUCUCUCUAGAAAGUGAAAUGCAUUUUUGAUUUUGCCGCGCCGUUAAUGGCAGCCCAUUUCUGAGAAGAUGAGAGCAGUGAGUCAUGGUGGUCAUGCUCAGAACCCUUCGUUUGAUUCUUCAAAAGAUCACUACUUCUUCUUCACUGAGAAGUUUCUCGCUCUUUUUCUUCUUACCCACCUUCUCUCUAGCUGCUCUCUUGCUCUUAGUGUCGGCCUGCAAUGGGGUCACCAUCUUCUGCCUCCAUCUCCCUUUUCCGGCAAAUCCCACAUCGGAAAACAUCCAUUUCUCACCGGAAAACACAGUCAGGGGUCCAAGAACAGUUUCAGUCAUGUAUGCUAUCAAGGAAGAAGAAAAUCAUCUCUCUAAAGAGCUUGAAACCCAUCGGAGUUUCAAGCUUUUGACACAAAAAGAGGACAAUGAGAACUCUUUAGUUCCCCCAUUAAACACCACUGUAGAUGGCAGGAUCAGGUGGUUCAAAGAGAACAGGUCCAGGUUCAGGAUUCUCAAGUCCGGGCCUCUCACUAAGCAGUUUUCUGCAAGAGCAAAGGGUUUCUUCAGUUCUAAUUCAUGUAAGCUCCGUUUCUUCAUGACUUGGAUUUCUUCUCUCGAAUCCUUUGGUUUUAGAGAGUUUUUCACAGUGGAGAGUGUGUUCAAGUCUCACCCAAGUGCCUGCGUUCUCAUACUCUCGAAAGCCAUGGAUUCGAGGAAAGGGAACAUUGUUUUGAGACCACUGUUGACCAAAGGUUACAGGGUAAUGGCAAUUGCCCCUGAUUUCGAAUACCUCUUUCGAAAAACCGAUGCAGAGGCCUGGUUCAAUCAGCUCGGGAGGGGAAAUGUGGACCCAGGUGAAGUCUCUUUGGGCCAAAACCUCUCUAAUCUGUUGAGACUUGCUGUUUUGUAUAAAUUUGGGGGGGUAUACAUUGACUCUGAUGUUAUAGUGAUGAAGAGCUUUGCUGGUUUGAGAAAUGCAAUUGGGGCACAAACCGUUGACUUGGAGACUGGGAAAUGGAGCAGGUUGAACAAUGCAGUGAUGGCGUUCGACAAGAGCCACCCUCUACUGUACAAGUUCAUCGAGGAAUUUGCGCUCACCUUCGAUGGGAAUAAGUGGGGACACAAUGGGCCUUAUCUGGUCUCGAGGGUGGUUGAGAGGCCUGAUUUCAACUUCACUGUUCUGCCUCCCAUGGCCUUUUAUCCAGUGAAUUGGAGUAAGAUUCCAAGCUUCUUUAGGAGGCCGAGUAAUGGGAAGGAAUUGAAAUGGGUGCUUGCAAAAUUAGGUCACAUUCGAAGGGUGAGUUAUGCUGUUCAUUUGUGGAACAGGCAUAGCAAGAGACUCCGGGUUGAAGAUGGGAGCAUAAUCAGUCAUUUAAUGUCUGAUUGCUGUAUUCUAUGUAAUGUUUCAGGAUCUUCUUAUCUAACGUGAGGAGAAGAUAAUGCACAUGAAAAGGUGGGAUCAAUACAGAUUGAAAACCGCCAUUCUCAAUUUUCAGAAGAGUGCUUUGAGAAAGAUCUUUGCCA